AGGAAGAAUGGCAAACAAUCUUAACUCCCGAACAAUUUAGAAUUUUAAGACAAAAGGGAACUGAAUUGCCAAAUACUGGUGAAUAUAAUAAAUUUAAAGGAAAGGGUGUAUACAGUUGUGCUGCUUGUAAUACCCCACUUUAUACUUCUGACACAAAAUUUGAUUCUGGAUGUGGCUGGCCUGCUUUCUUUGAGGCUAUUCCUAGUGCAAUUAAUCAUCAUGAAGAUUUAUCCAAUAAUAUGAAGAGAGUUGAAAUUACUUGUGCUGCUUGUGAUGGUCAUUUGGGCCAUGUUUUUCAAGGCGAAGGUUGGAAACAUACACCAGCUGACGAAAGACAUUGUGUUAAUAGCGUUAGCAUUAAGUUUUCUCCUGAAGAGGAAGAAAAAAAGGACUAA